AUGCUUACGAGAAACAAGCGGACGAUACUGCUACCAUUUGAAGAGGGAAAUGGCGUUGAUGUGGUUUUGCCAGCGGCCAAGAGGCUCCGGGGAUUAAGGACACCCCCAGCAUCUCCUGAGAAACAGGAUUUGUCUGUGAUGGCACCGGCUCUACGGCUCAAGCAUAGCAUGAAGCUUGAGCCGGAUGUGGAGGUGCAGCCGAAACGAUUGGUAUUUGGUAAGAGCUCUAUAUAUUCCAAGACCAAGUCAGUAUUGCAGCGGUCAUCGUUUACAGCGAUGGAUAAGCCUUGGCUGCCAACAAGACAGAAACAAUAUGCUGCGAUUGCUCAGUUUUUGAAGAAUUCAGUGGGGUCUGAUCAUGGGGGUUCGUUGUAUAUUACGGGUCCCCCGGGAACGGGGAAGACGGCCCAACUGGAGUUGAUAAUCAGGCAGACUUUUCAUACGAUUAUAAUUGGAGAAGAGAACAGGAGAAACGCACCAAAACAUGACCCAACUUUGGCUAAUACCUUGCAUUACGAGACUGCGCCUGGUCGUUAUCAAUCUGUGGCGGUGGUUUCGCUUAACUGCAUUGCAUUGAGAAAACCAGAGUCCAUCUGGUCUAAAAUCCAUAGACAAUCAUGCAUUCAGGAUUCUAAUAAAGAGCCUGUAAAAACCAUGGAAGAUUUACAAAAGUUUAUCAAGGCUCAUUCUAAUACGGCUUUUGUAGUCAUUCUAGAUGAAAUGGACAAAUUAUUAACCUCUACGUUGGAAGAUAGUAAUGCUACGAGGAUCAUUGUCAAUUUAUUUAUCCUUGCCAAACUACCAUCUGUUAGGUUUACAUUGAUAGGCAUCGCCAACAGUUUAGAUAUGAAGGAUAGGCUGCUAAACAGGUUGGCUUUAGCUUCUGAUUUCCUGCCGCAGAUUAUCAAUUUUGCUCCUUAUAGCUCGGAUGAGAUGUUUGAAAUAGUUACUAGUAAGUUGAAAUCAAUUGACAAAAACGAGUCCAUCAUACAACCAAUGGCAAUCAAAUUUGCUGCAAAGAAAUGCUCCUGUAAUACUGGUGAUUUAAGGAAGCUUUUUGACGUUUUAAGGAAUAGUGUUGAGCUCGCAGAACUUGAAUCUUUGAAGAAUAAAUCCUCAGAUAUUGUGGUUCGUGUUACUCUCACACAUGUUUCAAGGGUUUUCUCGACAUACAUUAAUGGCUCUUCUACUAAAUCAAGAAUAUCAAAACUCAACAUGCAACAGAAAGUUGUGCUAUGUGCACUGGUUCACAGGGAAAAGUCAGAUCUAUAUAAGGCAAGGUGCUCUAUUGACGAUGCAUACGAUUAUUACAGCAAACUGUUAUCUGGAACCAUUGCGCUUAACCCAUUAAAGCGGAAUGAAUUUUUAGAAAGCUGCGAUGCCCUAGAAUUGUGUGGAGUGGUUUCAAUAGAGACCGGAAAAUAUGGGCGAAAAGCAAAGCAAUCUGUCAAGUUAAUAAAGAGUACCAUUGAUGAGAAGGAAUUUCAGGAUGAAGUAUCGAAGGUUGAUUUAUUAAAAAGAAUAACCAUUUAA